UCCAGUUGUACCUUUUUUUUUUUUUUUUUUUUUUGUUUGUUGAGAGAGGAAAAUGGGAGAAGAAGCAAGGAAGAAGGAAUGGUCUCUGAAAGGAAUGACAGCUCUGGUAACCGGCGGAACUAAAGGAAUAGGGCGUGCUAUAGUAGAAGAACUGGCUGCAUUUGGAGCAUCUGUGCACACAUGUGCCCGCAACAAAUCAGAGCUUGAGCAGUGCUUGCAUGAAUGGAAAGAAUCAGGUUUCAACGUGACAGGUUCUGUUUGCGAUGUGUCGGCACGUGCAGCACGUCAAAAUCUGAUGGAGGAGGCUUCGUCACUGUUCCAAGGGAAGCUCAACAUCUUCAUAAGCAGUGCUGCGACGUUCUUCUUUAAACCAACGGUAGAGAUUACUGCUGAAGAAUUCUCAUUUGUAAUGGCCACCAACUUUGAAUCUGCAUACCAUUUAAGCCAACUUGCUCACCCACUUUUAAAGGCAUCAGGACAGGGAAACAUUGUAUUCAUAUCCUCUGUCAUUGGUUUGGUAGGAAUAUUUGGUGCGAACGUUUGUGCAGCUACCAAAGGAGCAUUGAAUCAGCUCACAAAGAAUUUGGCGUGUGAGUGGGCAAAAGACAAUAUACGGACUAAUUGUGUUGCACCUUGGAUAACAAAUACUCCUCUGGCAGCGAAUAUUCUGGAAAACAAGGAGUUGGUGGAAGAAAUGAUGUCCCGAACUCCCCUUCGACGCGUUGCGGAGCCAAAGGAUGUUUCACCUUUGGUGGCAUUCCUUUGCUUGCCUGUUGCAUCAUACAUUACCGGACAAGUCAUAGCCGUUGAUGGAGGAUUUACUGUUAAUGGUUUCUACCCAUCGAGUGACUAAUACUCCGAUCAGGUCUGAUGGAAGCAAAAUGGUAAUAAUAAAUUUAUGAGACUCGGUUUAGAAUAAUUACGUCAUUGAUGAAUAAAAUGGACAAGUAUUAUAAGCCUCGUUGUUCAUCACCCAACACUACAUGCAAGACGGCUAGCCAAAAAAGAAGCUGCCUAGCUGGUGGAAAUCUAUUACUGGUUGAAAGAGAAAAAUGAUUUCCCCAACCAGUGGUUCAUGGAAUGGGCACAGGCUUGGAGUGCUUUGACCUUGGUUAUUUUCUUUUUGAAAUGUAUUUUAAAAGUCCGAUUGCACAAGUCAUAUUUUGAAGAUCAAUUUUUUUGAUC